AUGUCAACAAGUGGGCACAUAGUGCAGCAACAACAACAGCUGCAACAAGAUUUACAAAAUGAAUUAACGUCUACAAAUCAACUUCUAAGUUUAAUAUCCGUUGAACUACAAAAAAUUAAGCAAUUAACUUCUGGAGGCGGAGAGUUUGAAAGCAAUAUUUUGCAGAACGCCUCCCUCAUUGAAAAUUUAGCGAGUUUGCAACAGAUUGAUUUGCAAAACUUACCUUCACUUGUGAGAAGUCAUUACGAAGAGGGAAGUGGCAAUAUGUCACCGUAA